AUGAAAGUUCUUGAUUCUCCAUUAAAUACUGCUGAACGUAGUUAUCGACGAAGUUGUUUAACAACAUAUAUUAUAUCAAUAUUUACGAUUUUAUUAUUUAUUUUCUAUUAUCUUUGUACUGUUAGACGAGCAGGUCAUUUUCAAAGUUCUAGUGUUUAUUUAUCUCGAAUACCUGAAUGUUCAAAAAUAAAUCAAACUCGAAUUGAACAUGGUCGAAAACAUUUUUCUAAAAGUCGAAUUAUUAUUUGUGGUUUAAUACGCGAUCGUGAAUUACAUAUCAAACGUUUAAUUAACCAAUUAAAUUCGUUAACAAAACUUUUUGCAGAUUAUGCUAUUGUUAUUGUUGAAGAUGAUUCAAAAGAUCAUACAAGAGAAAAAUUAGUUGAAUGGGCAAAUAUAAAUUCACAUAUUCAUGUUAUUGGUUGUGGUGAUUUAGUAAAUAAUAUUCAUCCAUGUAAUAUGUCGCUUCCUGCAACUAAAAGAUCUUCUAUUCCAUAUAUAGAUCGUAUUGAAAAAAUGGUUCGAUUAAGAAAUAUUUAUUUAAAUUACAUUGAAAAACAUACUUUAUUAAAACAAUUUGAUUAUGUUCUUGUUGAAGAUUUUGAUUUAACAUCAUAUACGUAUUUAAAUGGAUUUUUUUCAACAGGAUUUUAUUUUCAAAAUGAUUUAACUAUUGAUGCUAUAUGUGCAAAUGGGCAGUUUUAUAAGAGUAUAUUUUUAAAUUUAAUUAGAUAUCAAACUUAUUUUGAUCCAUAUGCACAUAAAGAUAAACAAAAUCAAAAUUGGACUGUGGCUUAUAAUGAUAUGUGGUCAAGUUUUUUUCGACAUUAUUCAUGUAAUGAUGAACUUAUUCCUGUUCAAUCAUGUUUUUCAGGUCGAACAAUGUAUAGAUUUAAAAGUAUUCAAGGCAAACGUUAUCGAACAUAUUUAGAUCAAUAUAAACAGGCGAUUUGCGAACAUGUAGGAUUCCAUGAAACAUUUAAUAUGUAUCUUAAUAGUGAAAUGAUUCUUUAUAUAACAAGAAAUAAUGUUAUAGAAUAA